CCUUAAUUACUUAUCUUCAUGAUUAUAAAUUUGGUUCCAAGUUACAUGUGGCAAGUCAUGAUAAGGAAACUCCAUAGAUGGACAUACCAAUAUUGCAUAAUAUAUCUCUUCAUCUCCAUGAUAUCCAUAUUAUUUCUUUUUUUCUACUUGCUUCAUAUCUCGUUCAUACAAAUCUUUUUUUAAUUUACUCGACGAUUCUAUUGAGGGGUUAUUUGGUAGCUGAUUUGGAGGUUCAAGAUGGUUGGAUCAAAUGAAAAUUCCCAAGGUGUUGUAAGGCCUUCGAUUCUUCGAGGGGUAAUGGGGAAUAAUAGGAGGGCUCUGAGCACAAUAAAUGGGAACAUAGUUGAAGCUCCACAAUACCCUUGUAAGCUACGCAAGAAAAAUGGAGUCACCGACAAGUAUGUGGAUGGUGAAAUGAAUCCAAUUCAUCGACCAGUCACGAGGAAGUAUGCUGCACAAGUGGCUGACAAGCCGCAACAACCAUCACUCGAGGUAACAAAGACAGUGGUCGAAACAGCACCUAAUGGAAAUGAACUAGAAGGUGUCAUCAUUACCGAUGUUGAAGAUUACAAGGCUACAAGUGACUAUGUUGUGCCAAUGUCUGUCCAACACACAGAAGCAAUGAUGGAGGAAAUUGAUCGGAUGGAUGAAGAGAUAGAGAUGGAAGAAAUAGAAAAGGCGUUAAUUGUGGACAUAGAUCGUGCUGAUAAAAAGAACGUACUAGCUGCUGUGGAGUACAUUGAUGAUAUUCAUGCUUACUACAAGAAGAUUGAGAGUUCUGCUUGUGCCCCUCCAAACUACAUGAAACAACAAUUCGAUAUCAAUGAGAGGAUGAGAGCAAUUCUCAUUGACUGGCUGAUUGAGGUACAUUACAAGUUUGAACUGAUGGAGGAGACUUUGUACUUGACCGUUAAUCUUAUCGAUAGAUUCUUGGCUGUCCAGCCAGUGGUUAGGAAAGAACUCCAGCUGGUUGGGGUAACAGCUUUGUUUCUCGCUUGCAAGUACGAAGAAGUUUCAGUUCCUGUCGUCCAGGAUUUAAUUUUGAUCUCCGACAAGGCUUACACCGGGAUAGAAGUGCUUGGAAUGGAGAAGUUGAUGAUCAAUACUUUACAGUUCAAACUAUCAGUGCCUACGACGUAUAUGUUUAUGAAGCGAUUUCUUAAAGCUGCUCAGUCCGAUAAGAAGGUGGAGCUUCUGUCAUUUUUCAUGACCGAGCUAUGCCUUGUUGAGUACGAAACGCUUAGGUUCCCACCUUCAAUGCUAGCAGCUGCAGCUAUAUUUACCGCUCAAUGUACACUAGGUGUGGCUAAGGAGUGGACUAAAACUUGCGAGAAGUAUAGCAAGUAUACUCGAGAUCAGCUUUUGGAAUGUUCAAAACUGAUGGUUACUUUCCAUCAGAAGGCUGCAACUGGGAGGCUUAAUGCUGUACACAGAAAAUAUAGCAUCUCUAAAUAUGGCUUCGUUGCAAAGAUGUUCCCACCGGCUUCUUUUCUUUUAGAGGCAAGCUUUUUUUAGCACAUGACGUUACUUGCAUCUGCUUAACGAAACGUUGUACACUUAUAGAGCAAUUUAAGUUGCCCUUCUGGCCUGUGGGAUUAGAUGCCCGCAUUCAGUAGACAUGACGAUGAGUUUUUUGUUAUUUUUCGUGUGGUUACAUUGCUCAAUGUAGCAAGAUUUAAGUACUUUUUACAAAUUGUUGGUACUAUUUUGCAAAUCUAAACUCUGUUUAGAUCCA